AACAGAGCAAUAUCUCUUCUUUUUUUGUUGAUUCGCCUUACAAUCGAGUCUUCUUACUCUUUCUCGUGAUCGAUCGUUGAAUGAGAAGCAAUGUCUGCAGAAAUCAUAGAUAUCAACCUAGAAGGGGAUUCAAAUGGCAACGGGAAUGAGGUACGCUUUUUGUCCACGAAUAUUCUUUUGAGAUGUGUGAAGGUUAUGCUUAAUGGGUGGGGUUGUCUUGUUAUUGUCCUGGUGUCUGAUGAGUGCACACCUGGCGAUGAUGCAAACAAGGGUCAAGAAAUUGAUAAUGGUAGUAAAGGGGUUGAGACUAAGGGUCUUACUCAUGGUAAAGGGGUUGAUGGCGAGGUUCGUGUGGAGGAAAGCCAAAAGGAGAGUGUAGUUGAGGAUUAUUAUGAACCUGGACAAGAUUUUACUACAAAAGGUGUUUGGUUAGAGAAGGAAGAUGAAGCUGGUGUUGAGAAGGAAGAUGAAGUUGGUGUUGAGAAGGAACGUGCAGUUGCAUUAAAAAGUGAUAAUGUGGCUGAUGACCAUAAUGAUGAUCUCUAUGGGACAAAGAGGCAGAAGGUGAUGAAGGGCAUUAUGAUCUUGUUAUGGAUAUCCCUGAGUGUGAAUGCAGCAAGUCCUAGUACCCCUCUUACAGCAAUCCAUGAUAAUAAUGAUGAAAUGCAAAGUGAUGCAGAAUAUAGUUACAUUUCUACUGAAGAAGAUGAUGGAAGUGAUGCUGAUCAUGCUUCUAGGAGGAGGGCUACACACGCUGUUUAUGAAGAAGUUGAAGAUGCUUUUCUAGAUAUAAGGUUGGGGAUGAUUUUUGUGAGCAAGGCACAUUUUAAAGCUGCUGUUGAUAGAUGCAACACGAUGCAAAGGAGAGAUAUUAAAUGGAAGAAGAAUGACAACAAACGGAUUAGGGCUGUUUACAAAUAUGCCCCAAGCUGUGAUUGGAAAAUACUAUUAUCAAAGGAUGCAGUGACGGAUUCUUGGAUGGUGAAGACAGAUAUUCAUGAGCAUACCUGUGGUGAGGAGUUGACAAGUAGGAGAUUCAACUCAAGAAGUGCAUCAAAGUAUUUGGUUAAGAAGAUGGGUUUUGCUUCUCUUUACUUGAAAGCAAAUGACAUUUUUCAAACCAUCCGGAGAAACAUUGGGCUGGAGUUAAUUGGAAAACAAUGCAAGAAGGCAAGAGAGAAAAUUGCCCGUGUGUUUGAAGGAAAUUGUUUGAUGGAAUAUAGUAAACUGUGGGACUGUGCUGCUGAGUUGAGGAGAAGAGAUCCAGUAGCCACAAUUCUCAUUCAGGCACCAAGGCCAACAACAAAUGCAAAUCCUAUUUUCAUGAGAACGUAUGUAUGUUUCAGCGCUAUGAAACUUGGAUUUGUUGCUGGCUGUAGGUGUUUAAUAGGGGUUGAUGGAGCUUUUCUUAAGGGAGCAUAUAAAGGAGUUUUGCUGGUGGCAGUUGGACGGGAUGCCAACGAUCAGAUGUACCCAUUGGCAUGGGCAGCUGUCGAUGUUGAGAAGAUAGAGACUUGGAGAUGGUUUUCGGAAAAACUGCAAUCAGAUAUGCAAAUUGGUAGUGGCAAUAGAUUCACAUUUAUAUUAGACCAACAGAAGAGAGCAUUCUGGAAAUGCGCAAAGGCAACCACUGAAGCUGAUUUCAUUAAGGCAUUGGGUGAAUUGACCAACAUUAAACAGAGAGCUAGGGCUGCAGUCUUAAAAGUACACCCACAAUUUUGGUCAAAGGCAUUCUUCAAGGAAGACAGUAAGUCAUAUGUAGUUGACAACAAUAUGUGUGAAGUUUUUAAUGGUUUAAUUGUUGAUUCAAGGCACAAGGCUAUUUUCUCAAUGCUUGAAGAUCUUAGGAUGAUGUGUGGUAGAAGGACAGUUGCUAGAAGGACAUUUGCAGAUGAGAAGUUUGUUGGUGAUUUUGGUCCUAAAAUAUGGGAGAAGAUUGUUGCAAGUAGGGAAGGAAGCAAGAGAUGCAGGGUCCUAUGGCCUGGUGGCGCUGGUUAUGAGGUUGAAGAAGAAGACAAGGGUAAAUUUAUUGUUGAUAGGAACAGGAGGACUUGUACCUACAGGUGCUGGAACAUGACCAGCAUACCUUGUAAGCAUGUUAUUGAGGGGAUGCCACAGUGGAAGGAAACUAGAAUGCCCCCAAUUCAGCCACCAUUGCCUAGGAUGCCACAGUGGAGUGUGACAUGGAAGGUGUCAGAAGUCCACCUUUCUCACUCCACCAUGUCCAACCUCGGCUUUCUACCGACUAACAUUCCUCACAUCCUAGACCCCACCAUCUUCAAUCCUGGUCAUGUUCACCAACGUUACUUUCAGCCAUCUGAUUAUGAUCUAAUGAUAAUUCAUGGCUCAGAGGAGGAUAAUACCAUUGGUUUCAAUGUAUAUCCUUCACAAAUUGAUCAUGUUAAGCCACAAGAGAUCAUUCCGAAUAUUCCCAUCUUCCACAUCAGUAAGCUGCCAUGGAGUAGAUCAGAAGUGCAAGAAGAAGAAAUUGGUAUGGGGAGAGGAAUGAGCGAGAUGGGUUGCAGAAUUGCUUUCCGGACCGAAUCCGAUCUUGAGAUAAUGGAUGAUGGGUUCAAAUGGAAAAAGUAUGGCAGGAAGAAGGUUAAGAAUAACCCUAAUCCAAGGCAUUACUACAAGUGUUCAAGUGAUGGUUGCAAUGUGAAGAAAAGAGGGGAAAGAGAUAGAGAAGACUCAAGGUUAGUGAUAACAACUUAUGAAGGGGUACAUAACCAUCAAACCCCUUGUGCCAACUGAAUCCCACCCAUGGACAAUAUUCCUAGCCAAUGGACUUCUUCUCAUGACCCUUAUAGCUCUCAAUUGUGAAAACCCUAGCUAGAUAUAAUGGAAUGCACACAUCACAAGAUAUAAGGACUUGUAUCUAAUUCAUGCAUUGCUCUUUUGCCUUUUCUGUUUGGAGUGCACUCUUUCGAUGGUGGGGGGUGUCUUGUUGCGGGUGCUGCCUUGCUUAGUCUUGGAUUGGUUGCUUCAGUCUUCUAUUGUUGAUCUUUCUCCUGUGCAACUGUCUUGGUCGUGUAGAAUAUUUUUCUUGCACCGUUUGGUGGAUUUGUGGUGUGCGGGUCUGGUUGAUUGUACUUCUAAUCCAUAAAUGUAGCCGUGCUGUAAGUAUAUGAUGUACUAACUGGCUUUGGGUAUUUAUUGUAUUUUUGUUAUAAAAUAAUUGUUUUUUA